AAACAUCAUCAACUUACUACGAACAACAGAAUCCUCUUCGCUGCCAUCACUUUGUCCCUGCAUCUAUUAGCCGAUUAUAAAGUAAGGCGGUAAGGUAAAUCCCAAUGUCUCUCCUGCGACUCCAUGCCUCCUUCCUUCCUCGCCCUUCCUGUCGAGCUCCUCGACUCUCUCUGCUCCCAUCUUGGUCCCUGCGAUCUUCUCUCCUUGCUCAAGGUAUCCUCCAGGCUCUCCCCAGUCGCCCAGCGUCGUCUCUAUCGCACAAUUUUCGCAGCACCCGCCGCUAAAAAUCUCUCCGUGGUGCUCACCCUCGCGAGAAGUCCCCUUCUCGCCCAGUAUGUCACCUCUUUCUCUAUCAAUCUAGACUCCCAGCCCUCCCUGUUCCUGUCCUUCUUUCGCCAUCUCGCGGUGGCGCUUGGGAACAUGACCAACCUUGUCCAUUUGUGCGUCUUCGUCCCUCCUCGGGUCAGCUGGAUAUUGCUUCCAAUCAGGACAUCGCACUACCCGUCCUUAUCCUACUUCUCAUGCUCGUUUCCCUUUAAUUCUCAUGUCGCGUCCUUCCUAAAGGCAACCCCUUCCCUUCUAAAAUUAGAGGUGGACACAUUAUCUCCUUCAUUUCAACACCAUUAUCUCGACGCCCUUCCACCUUCUUCGGUACCUCACUUGUCCCACUUUACUGGUUCCUCCCAGACCGCCCGAGCCAUCGUCCCAGGACGUCCAGUUCAAACACUCCGUAUUAAUACAGGCCAUGUCGAUGACAGCGUUAUUGACGCCAUCGCCCAGUCCACAGCUGAUGUGACUGUCUUUGAAGCGACAACUACAUCUUUCCCCGCAUCGCUGCUCCAUCUUCUUUCCCAGCGCUUGCGCAAAAUGAUUUAUCUCAGAAUUUCAUCCACCUGCAAUUUCUCGGGACUCCCCGACACGGCCUUUUACCAAGAUAUUGCCAAUGCCUUGACAAAAUUCCCAGCGCUCGAGGUUUUUGAACUCUCUGGGAUGCUCUGGGGCUCCGAUGAAAAACAGGCCGGAAGAAAAAUUUGGCAGUCAAAGCCGCUUGACAUUGACUUCGGCGCCGAGGAAGGUGUUGAACCUAUUGAUUCUUAUAUGGAUUUUUCAUACUACUACUGACGUUGCGUACCAAGUAAUUACUGAUACUUCUUUUCACAAUAUGUCUUUAAUCUUCGACAUCACUUCUGAUACGUCGAUACCUAAUUAGGCAUAUGUCACACCGUAGCAUACCGUGACACCAAUAUUUGGCUUCUCUGGCUUCGCAUACUUGAAUCAUCUGCCCUGUC